AUGGAAAUAGAAAAAGAAGCAUCACUCAGCAGUAAUGUCGUAGCAACAUUUUGGUAUAAGAUACAAAAAAAAUGCCGAUUUAGAACAAAACGAUCAAUCAAAGCAACUGGCGACGGUUCACGAACAAUAAAUUAUACAAGAACAUGUGUUGUGAUUGGUGUCUUCACUCUUGUUCUACUGAGUGUCUGUAUUUUAAGUUUUUCCAUCAUCGGUGGUUUGCUUUACAAAACUGAACACACAAUGAAAACGUAUUAUUUACCGAGUUCAUGUCAAGUAAAAGAUAUCUCAUAUCGUUUAAUAUGGUGCAAAGAACGACUUAAGGAACGUUUUCGAUGCUAUCAGAUCAACUGGCAUGUAACCUACAGUCUUUUACAGAAUUUAACGGAAUAUUCUAAUGAUCUAUUUAAUGCAACAAUUCAGAGUACAUAUGCACGUCACUAUCGAUAUAUUACAGAUGCAAUCAAUGCAGCACAAGAAUUUCAAGUGCGUACACAAACAUAUAUUUUCAUAAGAGGCAUUUGA